UGACCCUUUCAGUGCUCUGACCCGCUCAAAGAAGUUUGGACUUUUGCGGCGACGAUGCGAGGCUGAACGAAACAUUUUUGACGACGCUCGCGAUUCCGACCUUCCUUUUUGUCUUUGUUACCUCGACCACCAACACCCCAUCUCGAAUCGCACCUCACACUCGCUAUCAUGGAUAUCGAUCACGUUCCCACCGAUGCCAGGUCCAAGGAGGUUGUUCGCCUUUGGCGAGCAUGGAGGACUAUCCAUGAGAUGGUCGCGGACCGAGAAUACGAGCUCGCUGAAGAGGAAGUCAAGAUCUCUCUCGACCGCUUCCGCGACGAAUACUGCAACCCCGACGGUUCCAUCAACCGCGCCAAGCUUCAAUUCUCGGCGCGUCCCAGCGAGAACAUGAUCCGCAAAAACACACCUCCCGUGACAGCAGCCAACCCCAACCCCAACCCCGGCGCCGACUGCGGUCCUGUCUGGGUUGAGUUCCUCGCCGAUAAGACUUUCGGCGUCAACCAGAUCCGACAAUUUGCCAAAUAUGUGAUCACGAACAACUACAAGACUGGCAUCAUGGUAACACACGUUCCUCUCUCACCCGCCGCCCGCAAGACUCUCCAGAGUGUCGAGUCCGUCGCUAAGAUCGAGUGCUUCCUCGAGGAUGAUCUUCUUGUCAACAUUACCCACCACGAGCUUGUUCCCAAGCACGUCUUGCUCUCCCGCGAGGAGAAGCUCGCUCUUCUCAAGCGCUAUCGCCUCAAGGAGACCCAACUACCACGUAUUUUGCAAAAGGACCCUGUUGCUCGUUACUUGGGUCUGAAGCGGGGCCAAGUUGUUAAGAUUAUCCGAAACAGUGAAACGGCUGGUCGUUAUGCCAGUUAUAGAUUGUGUGUAUAGAUGAACAAUUAUGGAUGGGGCAGUCUUGAGAUCGAGUCGAAGAUGAGAGCUGUUGGAUGGAAAGGAAUGGAAAGGCUCUUGGUACGAGGACGGAGGCGUCACACUGCACUUGAAAUUCUAAAAAAGCUGGCGUUUCAGGGGUUCUAUGUAUAUUGCGCGUUGCCGCAGCAAAGCCAAUGAAGGAAUAUAAAGCAUUUACGAGA